CGAGAGUUCAGGGAGAGCGUGUGGGAAAGCCCUCCGAAGAUGUCGGGCUCAGCAUCUGAGCGUUCUGAGGCCAGCCUGCCAGAGAAGCCCACCUGCAACGCCUCUGGUGCGGUGCUGCUGGCACACAAGGGGUCCAGGUCUAGGGAGCGCCAGCCACCAAGGAGCAAGCACCAAGGGCUCCUACCGUGUCACGGCAGGCAGCAGCUUGCUGCUUGCUGCUGCCAGCGUCAUAAUGGGCAAGCCAGCGCUGGCCGUGUGGCAAUGGUGUCACAAUGGGUUGGUUUGUGAUGCGGCCGCCCAGGAGCAGUAUAAAAGGGGCUGCGUGCUGCUGGGUCCUGCAUCCUGAAGAGCAGCCAGCAGAGGACUGGAAGCGUCAGGAAGGGAUGAGCUCCCACAUGGCUGUCGCCAACAAGGAGCAACCCGCUGUCGUGAGACGGACCAAGAUAAGGUUCUGGGAGGAUGGCCCCUCAACGCACUAUGCUUUGAGAAUGCCAAAUGUCACCACCAAAGAGCGAGUAGCUGUCUGGGAUGCGGUGGCCAUCUACGUGCAACAGCAUCUCCUGCUGCGCAAGGGGGUCCGAAUUCCAUCCCUCGGCUCCUUCGACAUCGUCUGCAAAUGGUUCAAGGCUAAGGGUGAGACUGUGAUUGUGCAGUGGCCUGAGUUUCGCCUGGCCAGGAACCUUGUGGAAAAACACAACCUUGUGUACGAUAAAGAAUACCUGCCAGGCCAUAGGGAGGUGGAGCCCCUCAAAUGCGCUGAGGUGGCCACAGCCGCAUCAGUGUCCUGGCAGACAGGGGAGGCCUGCAUAUACGGCACCACAUCCCUCGUCUCCCACUGCCUGACGAAGGGGGAGAACAUUGCCUUUGUCCUGAAGGACAUAGGAGUUCUCCUCAUUGAUGGAACACGAGUUCAAAUGAAAUACUACCGCAACUUCCUGGAGAGGAUUUGUGGGAAGGAGGACUUAAAAAUAGCUCUUUCCAAGGUCCCCUGCUUGAGGGACAUGGUGGUUUCCCGGGUGGCGGUGUUGGCCUCCCUGACGUUCUCCGGACGGGUCAUCGUCUUUCCCAAGUUUCAACAGGAGUUCGUACCAAAACCACCUCCCAGGAAACCCCGCGAGGCCUCAGAAGUCCCUCCGGACCAGGGCAAGAAAGGGACAUUCCCUGAAUUGCCUCCCUUGCCCGGCUGCGUCCGUGUUACUUUUCUACAAGACCCGGGAUCCAGGAAGAAAUCAGGUGUCACCACCAAGAAGUCCAGGUGA